AUGAUUAAUAAGUUGUUGGCUGAGCGUACAGAAGGCUAUUCUGGUUACGAUAUCAAUAUUCUCGUCAAGGAUGCACUAAUGCAACCGAUUCGACGUGUGCAAGCUGCUACUCACUUCAAGCACGUCAGCGGACCUUCGCGAACGGAUCCUUCAGUGAUCGUGCACGACCUGCUUACCCCAUGUAGCCCAGGCGACCGUGGAGCGAUGCCGAUGAGUUGGUUAGAUGUGCCCGGCGAUAAGCUAGCUGAACCGAUUCUUACUAUGCAUGAUAUGCUGCGAUCGUUGGCUACCGUGAAGCCGACGGUGAACGCUGCUGAUUUGACGAAACUGGAGCAGUUUAAGAAUGAUUUCGGCCAAGAAGGAUAA